UCCUUUAUUAACGCGGGAUAUGGGCACUUUUGUGUUGGCCAACAGUUACUUCAAUUUCUUUGAAGUUCUUUGUUGUGUCAUGGUUGGUGUAAUUAGUUCUAAUUGUAAUAAUUGUCAUUUACCUAUUCUCAAACAUGUCACACAUAAGUAUCAGAAAGGAAACAGCAGGCAAAAUAAAACGCAUAUUUAUGAAAAAUUUCAUGUGCCAUGAUGCUAUGGAAGUUACCUUGAAUCCAAAUGUCAAUUACAUUGUGGGUCGUAAUGGCAGUGGGAAGAGUGCUAUUCUACUUGCCUUGGUGGUUGGGCUUGGUGCGAGGGCUCAUAAUACUAGCAGAGGGUCGACAAUAAAAGAGUUUGUGAAAAAAGGAAAGAACACAGCUUUAAUUGAAAUUACUCUGGCGAAUGAAGGUUCUAUGGCUUAUAAGCAAGAAAUUUAUGGAGAAUCAAUCACUAUCUCACGAUCUAUCGGUGGAGCAUCCAAAUAUAGAAUUAAAAAUGCUAGUGGUCACGUGAUUUCUAGUAAACGAGAAGAAUUAGAUCACAUAAUAAGUGCAUUGAACAUUCAAGUGAACAAUCCAAUUUCAGUCUUGAACCAAGAUGUAUCCAGAACUUUUCUAAUCUCUGCUGGACCUAAAGAAAAGUAUGAUUUAUUUAUGAAAGCUACUCGACUAGAUGUCAUAGGUAACAAUUAUAAAGAAGCCCGUGUAAAAAGUGAAGAAGCUCGUCAACGUCUCGAGAGAGCAAAGCAGUCUUUGGCUGCAACAAAAAAAGAUAUUGAUGAGCUAGAGAAAAAGUUACAUACAAUAGAAUCGAUCGAUGACGUGAGAAUUCAGUAUGAAGCUUUGGAACACGAGCUUCAAUGGGCUAUUGUAAUCACAGAAAAAGAGAAAUUAAGUCAAUUAAAAGAAAUAAUGAGUUCUCACGAGGAGCGAAUGAACAAUAUGCGUGCACAGAUGGAAUCGCGUGACUCGAAAGAUUCCGAAAUAACGCGUAAAAUUGAAGAAUACGAAGAAAAGAUUCGUGACCUGGAGAGCGAUAUGCCAACGCACCAAACUGCUUAUAAAACAGCAAAAGAACAAUAUACAAAUAAGAAGCAAGAGUAUUCAGAUAAGCACAUAGUGUAUACGCAAGUUCAAAGUAAGAUUAAGCGAAUUGAGAAGGAUGCAGAUUUGUUGCGUAAAGAAAUUGAGCGACUCGAUUCGAUUAAUCAGGCUGAAACAAAACGACGAGAAGCAGAAGAACAGCUGAAGAAGUUCGAAGAAGAACUUGAAGAAGUCGAUGCUAUGUUAAGAACUAAGCAAACUGAUCAGAUGCAUCUUGCGACGGAUACAGUGAGACUUAAACAAGAAGAACAAACUGCCCGGUCAAACGUAGAAAUAAGUCGAAACGAAAUUCGUUCAAGUAAGCAUCGACUCAGCCAAUUGAAACAACAGUCUGACAAUAACAUCACUGUGUUUGGUGCUAAUAUACCACGACUUCUGCAACGAAUACAGGAAGAAUUCAAAAGAGGGCGGUUCAAGAAAAUGCCUCGUGGUCCUAUUGGUUCUCAUAUCCAAAUGAAGGAUAAAGCAUGGACUCCGGCAGUAGAAAACUUCUUGGGUAUAGGAAUGCUAGGAUCCUUUUGUGUGGACAAUACCCAGGAUGCGAAGACUUUAACUACUAUCAUGUCUGAGAUAUUCAGUAACAACGAAAUGCCCACGAUAAUGUGCAGUAAAUUCUUUGACAAUGUUCAUAAUGUCAGCAAACAUUCUACUUCUGCGCCAGGCUAUAUCAAUAUGCUGCAAGCUAUGGAGAUAUCUGAUCCUGUCGUCGCUAAUUCUUUAAUUGAUGGACGAGAACUCGAGUGCGUCUUAUUGGUACCAACGUGUGAAGAGGCUUUUAAGCUGAUGGAAGAUGCACGCAGAGUACCUAGAAAUUGCAAACAAUGCAUAACUCUUCAGGGUGACACGGUUUAUCCAGAUCCCAACUACAGGGUUUACGGUGGUCGUCCUGGACUUAAGGCUAGAGUCCUUCAAGUAUCAACUGCUGAAGCAAUUCGGCAACUGGAAGAUGAAACAGCUAUUACUCAGGAAGAAUUAAAAAAUGCAAUUGCAGUGCACUCAGAUGUGCACAAAAAACUUAAACGGGCCACUUCUGAACUAAGAAAAGUGGAUGAAGAAAUUGGUAAAUUACGAUCCCUUAGAGUUAAAUUAAACUCCAGCAUGAGUGGACUUCGUGAUAAGAUGGCACAAUAUGAAACAGAUUUUGCACGCGUUUUUAAAAAAGAGCUAACAGAGUUGGAAGAAAAACUUCAGCUGGAAAAGAAACGAGAGAAAGAAUUGGCUACAGAAAUCAGCGAAUUGAGGAAGAGUCUUGAAACAAAAGAGAUUGAAGUUAAAAGAUGUAGAGAGCUUACAGAAUCCAUUGACAUCAAACGCGACCCAUUGAAGGAGAAAAUAAGGGAACUCGAAAGAGAAAAGAGAGCCUUGCAAAUGAAUAAUACGCAAUACGAGCGUCAAUUGCGGGAUAUUCAAAAAGCACUACAAAUGGCUACAGCUAAAGUUGAAACGCAGCAAAGAGUUACCGACGGAGCAAUAGCUAAAGCUACUGAACAAUCUACAGAACAAAGUACAACAAGAUCAAUCAAUGAAAUACAGACCAUAAUGGAAGAACUAAAAAUAAGCAUAGAUGCAGUAGAUGAUCUUUGUGGGUCGAAAGAUCAUAUACGUCAGGAAUUAGAUAAGAAACUAGAAAAGUAUGGUGAUAUCAUAGACUUCUCUGUUGCUGCAGAGAAAAGUAAUGAGGAACAUCUAAAUCGAUUGAAGGAGCGUAAAUCCCUAUAUGAGGACAUGAAAAGUCACAUUGUUAAAAAAGUACAAGAAUCCUUUAAAAAUAUUCUAAGCUUACGCAAAUAUAAGGGGUGUAUGAACAUUAAUCAUAUGAAUCGUACCCUGGAUCUUGAGAUUAAUCCUCAAACAGGAGCGAAGAGAUUAAAUAAUGAUGCAAGGUCACUGUCUGGUGGCGAGAGAUCCUAUUCAACUGUUGCUUUCAUUCUUGCACUAUGGGAUUGUACGGGAUUACCUUUCUACUUUCUUGAUGAAUUCGACGUUUUUAUGGACAAGAUCAACCGAAGGACCAUUAUGGAUAUUCUUAUGGACCAUGCAAAGGCACAUCCACAAAGUCAAUUCACGUUUCUUACUCCCUUAGAGACUUCGAGUAUUGUCCUUGAUCACUACGUCACAAUUCAUCAACUAGCGCCACCUGAAAGGUCAGAAACCAUGACGAGCGCAACUCAACCAUAAAACGAAUGUGACCUGUGCAAUUAUUACUGAGACAUUACUCGCCGAUGACGCUUAAAGUAGAGUUACGAGUUAAAAGUUAUGUUUACUGAAGAAAAUGAUAUAUUUUGUACUGCGUUUUCAACAAAAAAAAAAUAAUGUUUAUACGUUCAAUAUUGAUACGACCUUGUAGCUAUCAUAUUGCAACAAGAAAGAUUUUUCUAUAAAACUCCGA